GAGCAAGCCAAAACUAAUUCUAUAAAUUAAAAACGGACGGGUCAAUAUAAUAUUAUGUCACCAGUGUAAAGUUCAAACGUAAGGGAAAGGGCAGUUGCGUUAUGAACAAUCAGGACUAUGGCGGCAUCCAGUGGAUACAGCAGCAUGCGUCGGCCGUCGACUCCGAAGCAGAUACAGAUAUGCUGGAAAACGACGACGCAGACGCUGGCGAGAGUGAGGUGACUGCCGCCUAUUUGGUGAACAACGCCACCGAUGAGGACCUUGACCAUAUGGCAGCCGAGAAUCUCAUAUUCAUGGCACGCGAUGGUCAGCUAAGUGAGAUUAUAGCUGCCAAUGAUGGUGGCGGCGGCACUGUGCUCAUAACAGACAGCGGUACUGUGGAAUAUGCAGAGUCAUUUGACGAUGACGCGCAAGUGGUCACCGAGGAGGUCAUCACAGAUGAUUGGGUGCAACACCAGGGCGCAGAGCGUGUGGAAAUUGCAGCGGAGCAAAUAGCUGGCACCAGCAGCUCACAAGAGCUGCUAGACAUGGAGCAAGAUGAGUACACAGCGCUGCGUCCGUAUCCCUGUGAUUUUUGCAGUCGACGCUUUCGCAAAAAGGGCAGUCUUAAUAAUCAUAUGCUGGCGCAUCAGAACGAUCGCCCGCAUUUGUGUAAACUGUGUGGUGCGCGAUUUUCGCGUCGCGGUGAGCUCAUCAGCCAUUUCAAAGCGCACGCUGAGGCUCAGGACGCGGCAGAAGCGGAAGCCAUUGAAGAGCCGGCCAUUAAGUUUGAGCCGCAGCAGCAGAGACAGUUGGAUGAUCACUACUACGAGCAUGAAUGGCAGCUGUAUCAGGAGCAGCCGCAGCAGUCGGAGCAACAACAAGAACAGUUUGUGAUGGACACGCCAGAGGCGAGCUAUGCCACAGAGACCCCUGAACCGGAGCCUACACCAACGCGCGGGCGUAUAAGCCGACUCAAACUGAAGCAGGAGAGCACGCAGUACAUAGUUAUCAGUGAGAAGCAGGCGGAAGAUAUGCAACAGUAUAUGGACAGCGAGGAACAAUCAUCGGCGGGCUCUCAAACCACAGUCAGCAAUGUGACGACGAUUAAGGAAAACGAAGAAGUUGUAGUAGCUAAGCAAGAGCCACGCUAUCCCGUGAUAGAUGAUAGCAAACCGUUUGUUUGCCAGCAAUGUGGCCUAGCAUUUGCACGUGAGAAGGCGCUUGUUUCCCAUAUAAAGAAUCAUCGUGUGGAUUCGCCCUUUGAAUGUAAUCAAUGCCAGGAAAUGUUCUGGGACAAUCAUAGCCUGCAAGAGCAUCAGAAAACUCAUCAAUUCGAGGAGAGCAACUCGGAAUAUGAUCCAGCCUCGGCGUGUGACGAUAGCGCCAGUGAAUCAGAGCCGGAUCAGCUCUAUGGCGAUUAUUAUUGCAAUGAGUGCGGCAUUUGCUUUCAUCGUCAGGAUCUGCUGCGACGCCACAUCAAGCAGCAGCAUAAGCAAUCGACAGCGCUGGAAGAUUCAAUGCAUGCGACUCCAGAGCAUGUGGAGAAUGCCAAAGAUGCCACGCAUUGCUGUGACACAUGCGGCAAGUCCUUUCCCAGCCCGCUGGAGUUGCUUGCCCAUGCGGAAAUUCAUGCACGCUUCCCGCCUUUUAAAUGCGUUCUAUGCGGCGUUUGUUUUUAUGAAGAGCAAGCGAUUAAGCGACAUUUGAGCACACGCCAUCCGAAUGAGCUGAAGCCCAACUCCUGCGUGCUGUGUGGCAAAGAGUGUCGCGAUCGCAAGGCGCUCAUUAAACACGCCUGGGAUCAUUCGCGAGAGAAGUGCCACUCGUGCUCCAAGUGCGGCAAGAACUUUCAUAACAAAGCGCGUCUGAAGCGACACAUGGCCUCGCAUCGUGAUAAGUCCGUGACAUGCGAGGUGUGCCAUGGCGAGUUUCCCGACGGACGCACACUCUCCAAUCAUCGACACUCGCAUAGCACCACCUCGCCGGGCAAAUUGUUUCCCUGCCACGAAUGCGGCAAGACCUUUGGAUCGCGCAGCUCGCAGCAAAUUCAUGUGCGCAUACACACGGGUGAGCGUCCCUAUGGCUGUCGAUAUUGCUGGAAGGCGUUUGCCGAUGGCGGCACCUUGCGCAAGCACGAACGCAUCCAUACGGGCGAGAAGCCCUACGCCUGCUCUGUUUGUCCGCGCGCCUUUAAUCAGCGCGUAGUGCUGCGUGAACACAUACGCUCCCAUCACUCCGGGCUGGAUACAGUGCGUGGCACCUAUCACUGCACUGUUUGCGAAGCGGACUUGACCUCAUCUAAUGAUCUAAUACAGCAUCUCAUCCAGCACAGUGAUACGAACACCGCCAAACAGCGACAGCCCAUUACUGGGCCACGUAAGUACAAACGUCGACGAAAACUGCAGCCGCAUGAGAUUGCGCACAUGCGUGCCGAGCACAAGGAGAGUGAGGAUUAUGGCAGCGACAUUGACAUGUGUGACUUUGAUGUGGAGAAUGCCGAUGAGAUUUUCGACAUGGUCGAGCCAACCACACCCAAGAAGGAGAAGCGUAAGCGCAGUGCCAGCAAUCAAGCCAAGGCUGUAAGCAAUGGCGAAGCUGCCAACACAACCACAGUGCCUGUCAAAGAGACGCCUCAAUGGGAGGCAGCCAAUGCGAAUAUCUUUCAAAUCGAUACGCUUGUGAUGGUCAACGAUACCACGCUGCAGCCUGUAAGUUCAUCCACCAAGACGCGACGCGGCGCCAAGCAGCAACAGCAGACGCCAGCUGCAGAGCCUAAAUCAGCUGAGAAGCCCAGUGUCUCCUCCACCACCAGCAGCAGCAGCAGUCGCAGCAGCAGCAGCCGCAAGAAGUCGAGCAAGUCGGCCAAGUCGGCAACUCCUGCAGCUGGCAGCAGCACUCGCCCGCGCAUGAUACACACAGAGAAGUCGCGUGUGCCGGCGGCAGAGAGUGCAUCGAAGAGGACGCGCAAGACUUAUAUAACGCGCAGUGAAUCCAGCCAGCUGGGUCUGGUCAAGUCCACUGGCGUUGGCAGUUCGCGCAUGGUGGAUGACUAUGAAAUCAUUUCGCCCGCCACACAGCCACCCAAUCAGAUCAGUUCCAGUCCGCUGCACAUCAAGCAGGAGCAGGAGCAACAACAGCAGCAACAGCGGGUGCAGCUCAUGUACGAUGAUACACAUUUGCUCAUCGAUGCGGCCUUGUUGCGUGAUAAGACCUACGAGAAGUUCAAUCCCAGCAUUGUUAAUGAUCUGGAGGAGAUUUUGCGUAGCCCGCUUAAGCAUGAUCGCAAUGCACGUCUGCGUUUCACUAGCGAAUCUUCUACCACGCCACAAUUUCUGCCCGAGGAGGAACAAAAUCUAAUCAAAAUUGAACCCACAUCGCCGGAUUUGCGUGAUAUGGUCGAAAGUCAGCAGCGUGUGUCGGCAUCCAGCAACACGCCUACAUCUUCGGCCUCGCCUUCAACAGCGGCGCGCACCUCACGCCAUUUACGACAACUGACUGCCAACUCGAGCUCACGUGCUGCCUCCAAGCGCAACAGCAAAGCUACAAGUGCACCCAGCUCCAAGAAGUCUAACUCCUCCAGCAGUUCAUCCUCGACUGUGGCCGUUAACAAAGCCAACUCAUACCUCAGCUACGGCGUGGAUUCAUACAAUGUAAGCGUUGCAGCCAGCGCCAAUUCUUCGGACGUUAGCUCAGGUUUCUUUUCCAUCUCCGAAGUGGUGUCAGCUGCGGAUGCGGCAGAUGCAGCGGCCAAAGCUGCUGCGGCACAGAAGCCGGAGCGUCGUACGCGCUGCUUUGAGUGCGAAAUGUGUUCAGCUAAAUUCCCAGAUCGUGCCCAGCUACUGGAUCAUAUGCAUAUACACAUUUAAAUUGACUAAAGGAGAGAGGGAUUUGUUAUUGGAACUGUUUCGUAGCGCUUGUUGGCCCAACCAACGUUAUUCAACUGAAUAAAAUAUUAUUAAUAAUUACAACUAGCUUAUAAGUUGGCUUAAGUUUCUCGCAACGGGUGCAAGUGUAUUUUUUGAAAUGUUUUUAUUAACAUUAAAUCAAACAUAAAUUUGUGCUCGUGUACAAACAAAAAAAAAAAGAAUAAUCAAUUACAAAUUGUACAAAUGUCAAGCGAGUCAAUAACAUAUACUAUACAUAUACACACACACACACAUAUAUAUUGUAAUAUAGCGAAAACAUCGAAAGAUCGUUAAUUAAUGCGUUAUUUAAAUUGAACAUAGAGCUUAGCUUUAAGGCUUUUUAAAUUUGUACCUCAGAAUAUUGUUUGAAGAAUUGGUAUGCUGAAGAAAAUAAAUCCAUAAUGGUUAAUAAAAAU